AUGCGCACGUCGGAGCUGCCGCGCCAGUCGCGCUUAAAUGUGCCGCUCGCGACGCUCCGCAAGCAAAAGGCCAUGCUCGAGCGCUCGGCCGUCACGCUCGCCGUCAAGGACGCGGCGAGCCAGAGCGCCCUGGCGGACGUCGCGGCCAAGUCCGUGACGCUGGAGAUCGCGCGCAUGCUCGACACGCCCUUCGCGAGCGCGCCGCCGGCCUGGCGGUUGAGCGAGACGCUGCGGCCCGGCGCGGAGACGGCCGUGCUGUCGCGCGGCGGCCGCCUCGACGGCGCGCAGUUCCGCUACCACGCCAAGGCCAUCAAGGCGCUCUGGCACGCGGAGGACCCGGGCUACUGGGACUACGCGAACAAGCGCGGCGGCCGCGAGCGGCGCCUGCGGCGCAUCCCGCCCUGGCUCGAGGGCUUCGACGCGAGCCGGCGGCUCUCGGAGCCGCCGCCGCCCGAGCCCGAGGAGCCGCGGGACGACGACGAGCCCGGGCGGCCGUCGCUCAACGGGCCGGCCUUCGCGACGGCGGCGGAGCUCGGCGUCGAGAAGCCGCUCAUGCUCGAGACCGUGCGCCCGAGGCACUACGACGUGUCCUGGGCCGACGGGUCGCCGGCGUUGACGCUGACGGCGGCCGCGCGGGAGCUCGUCGGCGCGGCGCCGCCGCGGCCGGAGACGCCGCCGCCGGCGACGCCGCCCGAGCCGACGCGGCCCGAGAGCGACGACGACGAGGGGUCCCCGGACGACGACGACGACGCCGACGGGACGCCGACGGCGCGGAGCGGCGCGUCGACCGCGCGGACGUCCGACGACGGCGAGACGCCCGACGACGAGUCGAGCCGGGUCAACCGCGCGCGCUGGAAGCUGACGAUGAAGCGCGCGCGGCAGCUCGCCGCCGUCGACGGCGCCGCGCCGAAGCGGCUGAGCCUCGCGCGCGUCGCGUCCAUGGCCGUGCUCCGGAGCCGCGCGCAGGCGCCCGGGUCCGCGUCGCACCUCGCGCCGCAGAGCGUCAAGGUCCGCGAGUCCGAGGCCCACGUGCGCCGCUUCCUCACGACGCACGUGUCCAUGCUGAGCGCCGGGUUACCGUUAUUAACAAAAGCCCUCGACGACGGCGAGGAGAGCGGCCGCGCGGCCGCCGCGCCCGCGGUCGCGUUCGCCGAGGAACUGCAGGAGCGGGCCUGCGACCUCCAGGACGCCAUCGUCUCGCUGCUGGCCUUCAGCGCCGACGAGGAGUCGCCGCCCCUGCCGCCGCUGGCGAGCCGCCUGCCGCCGGAGGACGUGCGCGACGCCGUCGCGGCGACGCGGCGUUUGUUCGCGCGCGUGCAGCCGCUCGCGGACGCGGCGCUCACGCGCGUCGGCGAGCUCGAGACGGCCCUGAAGGAGCGCGAGGAGGCGCGCCAGAGACCCCCCGACGCCGACGGGGCCGACGCGCCCGCGCCCGCGCCCGCGGCGCCGCGGCGCCGCGCGUCCGUCGUCGCGGUCCGCGGCGACGUGCGCUACGCGACGGAGCUGUCGCGGCUCGCGGCGGCGAUCCCGUCGGCCGCGGACAGGGUGCUCGAGACGUUCCGCACGUUCACGCGCCACCUCCAGGACGCGCAGGACGGCGACGCCUUCUCGUCGACGGCGUCCGCGUUGAUGCUCGCGAUCCGCUGGCGGCGGCGCGCGCGGCAGGCGAACGAGCGCCGCGAGUCCGAGUCCGGCGGCGCCUCGGCGCCCGCGGCGUCCCCGCAGCGCCGCGUGAGCCGGGCCGCGUCGUUCCGCAAGCCGCCGUCGCCGGGCGGCGACGGCGGCGAGAAGCCGAGCGCGGCCUACGACGCCGCGGCCGCGCGCUGGCGGAGCACGAUCGUCAACGUGGCGACGAUGCGCCGCGCGCAAGUCGAGGACCAGAUCCGGCGCAACUCCAUCUUGGCGGGCGACGUCGCGGCGAUCCAGGCCCUCGAGGCCCAGCAGAAGGAGGACGAGCUGAGCCGCCUCAAGCAGAUGGGCCAGAAGCUCGCGGCGCUCGACGCGGGCGACGCGCCCGCCGGCGACGGCGACGACGACGGCGACGGCGGCGACGACGACGACCACACCAAGGAGACGGAGGCGUCGGGCGACGAGUCCAAGGACGACGACAAGAAGAGCCUCAGCACCGCGGCGUCCAAGCAGGUGAGCCACGACCGCGAGGAGCUCCUCGAGCGCGCCGGCGGCAUCGCCGUGCACCGCAUCGACCGCGUCUUCGAGCGCCUCGGCGACGCGAGCGCGGCCAGCGACCCGCCGAAGCCGCCGGACAACACGAAGGACGUCGUCAAGCGCGUCAAGCUCGAGGCGCUCAAGGGCCUCGUGGCCGUCGCGGGCAUCAAGGCGUCGGAGCACCUGCGCGUGCCCGAGCUCUACGAGGAGUGCGAGGACGACGCGGCCGCGGAGAAGGAGCAGGUGCUCAAGGGCGGCGCGGCGCUCCAGCACGACGGCGAGGUCUGCGUGCCCGCGCCCGUCUGGCUCUCCCACUUCCUCGACAUCGCCAAGUCCCAGGGCGCGCGGCACCUCGACGACGUCCUCGACAUGCUCGAGCGCGCACAGAAGAUGUCGGAGCGGCGCAAGACGCAGCGGCUCACGAUCCGCGAGAAGGGCCUCACGGAGAUCCAGGAGGCGCGGCGGUCCUACGCGCGCGCGGGCAACGACGAGCGCGUCGCCGAGCAGGCGCGCCGCGCGACGCUCACGAACCGGAGCCGCCGGUCGCUCAUCCAGCGGCCGACGCUGUCCACGGCGGACCGGCCCGCGCGCGCGUCCGUGCUCCAGCGCACGUCCAUGCUCCAGCGGUCCACGUCGACGCCGGCCUUCCUCGUGCGGAACCCGCGCGCGUCCAUGGUCCAGCGGCCCGCGCAAUCCGACGACGCGUCGGACCAGUCCGCGCCGCCGGACCUCGAGCGCGAGCCCACGCCCAUGCCCGCGGCGCUCCGCGACAAGUACCGCAAGCCGCCGACGGUCCGGCUCCCGUCCAAGGACCCGCCGCGGCGGCGGAACUCGCUCCUACAGCACGCGCCGACGUGCCAGGUGGGCUUCCCGCCCACGGCGACCUCGGCGACGGCGCAGACGCCGAGCGACCGGUGCUUGUCGAUCGCCGGCGCGAACCAGAGGCCGUCCUCGCGCACGCGGUGCUCCCUCAAGUCCUGGACCGUCGGCACGGAGCACAUGGCGGCGGCGAUGGCGAUCACGAGGACGGCGAGCAGGGAGUGGAGCUGCCACUGCACCGUCGACGCGAUGCGGUCGCCCGUCUCCUUCCAGCGCCAGCGCGACCGGGGCGACCGCGCGCGCCCUGGCAUCGAGAGCAUGGGCGUCUUCUUCGCGGACCCGCCGCCGCGGCCGCCGCCGCCGAUCCGGCUCGAGAAGGCGCGGUCCUUCCGGCGCAUGAAGACGCAAGCGCCGGCCUUCGGCGACGACGAGGGCCGCGAGGUCUUCGGCGGCCCGCGGCAGGAGUCGCCCAUGUCCGGCGCGCAGCGCGCGCUGCGGCGCCUGUCGACCAUGGGCGCGGCGGACGACGCCGACGACGCCGUCGACGCGCGCGAGUCCGAGGCGUCCGUGCGCGCGAGUCUGUGCGAGCGCAUGGCGAGCCGCGUCGCCGACUCGCUCCGCGAACCCUCGCCCGGCCUCGGCGCGUCCGACGCGCACGCGGAGCUGCGGCACGUCUUCGACGCCAUCGCCGAGGGCGGCGACUCCAUCACGGAGCGCGAGUUCGUCGCCCUCGCCGCCGUGCUCCGCCUCAACCUGUCGCCCGCGGAGUGCCGGCGCGUCUGGCGCCAGGUCGACCUCCAGCGGACGGGCGCCGUGAGCUUCGCGGCCUUCGAGCGCGCCGUGCGGCGGCGGCGCCUGCUGCGGCGCAUCGUCGCCGCCUACGUCGACGACCGCUGCGACCGCGACGGCGACGCGAACGCGUUCGCCGUGCCGGCGGGCUACGACUACGACGGGUCCACGCGCGACAACUACCGGGCCGACGCCGCGCCGGCCGUCGACGCGUCGCCGGCCGUCGCCGCCGCGCGCGCGCUCGUCGACGCGGGCUACCACGGCCACUACGCCGCGGCGCGCGAAAAGUGGCAGAACGGCAUCGUCGAGUCCAUCGCCGUGCGCACCGAGCCGCAGCGGCGGCCCUGGGUCGUCUUCACCUGCGGGCCCAUGGGCGCGGGCAAGGGCCACGCGCUCUCCUGGCUCAGCGAGCACGGCUUUUUUCCGUUGGAGAACAUCGUCCACGUGGACCCGGACCUCUUCAAGCAGCUCAUGCCCGAGUGGCCCGGCUACGUCGCGCGCGACCCGCGGUCCGCGGGCACGCGCUGCCACCGCGAGUCGGGCCUCCUCGCGGAGCUCACGCAGGACGUCGCCAUGCAGCAGUCGCAGCACGUCUGGGUCGACGGCAGCCUCCGCGACGGCCCCUACUACGCGCAGGUCAUGGCGGACCUGCGCGCGCCGGCGUCCCGGGGGAAUCGCGCGAGAGACGCCGGCCCGAGCAUCCCUCGCCGCAGGCGCGAGCGGUAUCCGCACUAUCGCCUCGCGAUCUUCUACGUGACCUGCUCCGAGGCGACGGCGCGGCGGCGGGCGAAGGCGCGCGCGGAGCGCACGGGCCGCGCGAUCCCGGAGGCGCUCUUCCUCGACUCGUUGGCGGCGCCGGACGCGUCGCUGCGGCUGCUGACGCCCCACGUCGACUUCCUGGCGCGCAUGUCGAACGAGGUCGACGGCGCGCCGCCGUCCCUGGACGCGGUGGAGGCCGUCGACAACUCGGGCGACUUCGCGGCGCUGCGGCGGCGCUUCGCGCACACCGUGGAACCCGCGGACCCCUUCGCGCGGUUCCCCGAGCGCCUGGGACCCGUGGGCGUCGCGCCCUGGGUCGACGCGCCAACGGAGGCGCGCCUCGACGGCGCCGGGCGGCUCGUGCUGCGCCUGGCCGGCGGCGAGGAGGCGCGGGGCAGCGCGCCGCACGUUUUGGCGCUCUCGCCGGAGAGCCGCCGCGCGACGGGCUGCCCCGACGGCGCCGUCUUCUUCGCGUACGUCGACGCGCGCGGCGGCGCGGGUCCCCUGGCGCGGGGCGGCCUCGCCUGGCUCGGGCUCCAGGGCGACGUCCUGUCCGUCGCGAGCUUCGAGCGGCACGACGACGCCGCGAAGCAGCACGACGCGCAGCUCACGUUCGGGGAGCCCGCGGAGAUGCCGGCGAACGCCGCGGCGGCGCUCCGCGGCCGCUGGAGACCGCUCGAGGACGGGCCCUGGCCCGAGGGCCCGGCGUCGAAGCGGGCGUCGGCCUUCCUCUUCCUCGCGCCCCGGGAGAUGGUCCUGGGGACGCGCCACGCGCCCCACGGCGGCGUCGCCUUCCUCUUCGGCGCCGUGCCGGCGAGCGGGGGCGGCGCCCACGCCGAGGAGCACUCGCCGACGGGCGCCACGAGCGUCCGCCUCUUCCCCAUCCGCGGCGACCUCGAGUAA